AUGGCUGCGGGGGAGACGCAGCUGUAUGCCAAGGUCUCCAACAAGCUCAAGGGCCGCAACACCUCCUCGCUCCUGGACCCCCUCCUGGCCAUGGGCUUCCCCACACAUACCGCGCUCAAAGCGCUAGCAGCGACAGGGAGGAAGACGGCAGAGGAGGCGGCAGACUGGCUGCAUGGCCACUGCAAUGACCCUUCUCUGGAUGACCCCAUCCCCCAGGAGUACGCUCUCUUCCUCUGCCCCACGGGGCCCUUGCUGGAAGACCUCCAAGAGUUCUGGAGGGAGAGCAAGCGUCAGUGUGCGAAGAACAGGGCUCAUGAGGUCUUCCCUCAUGUGACACUCUGCGACUUUUUCACGUGUGAAGACCAGAAGGUGGAGUAUUUGUAUGAGGCUCUGAGGCGUGCAGGGAGCAGGAUCCUGAACUCCUUCCCUGCCCUGGUUCCUCUUGUUCUCCACUCCUCCAUCAGCUACCUCGGCUUCUUCAUCAACGACAGCCCUGCUGACGUCAUCAGAGAAUUUGCCAUGGCGUUUGCCUCAGAGGCAUCAGUCUUGGCAGACUGCACCGUCAAGCCCUGCACCAAGCAACUACACCUGACCUUGGCCCACAAGUUCUACCCUCACCAUCAGAGGACCCUGGAGCAGCUGGCCAGAGCUAUCCAGCCCAGUCACACCUGCCAGUGGACAGCUGCCCUGUACUCCCGGGACAUGCGUUUUGUGCACUACCAGACCCUGAAGGUGCUGUUCCAGUACAAACCCCAGAAUGCGGAUGAGCUAGUCCUCAGUCCUGGUGAGUACAUCUUCGUGGACCCCACUCAGCAGGAGGAAGCCAGUGAGGGCUGGGCCAUCGGGAUCUCACAUCGGACUGGCUGCCGGGGCUUCCUGCCAGAGAACUACACUGAGCGAGCCAGUGAGGCUGACACCUGGGUUAAGCACAGGACAUACACAUUCAGUCUAGCCAUGGACCUGAACUCCAGGAAGGACGGUGAUGUCAGCAGCAGAAGAAAUGGGGAGUUCCACCCUCCAUCCAUGUCAAGGAACAUUAGCAGCAUACAGGCUCUGCAGGCCACCAUCAUGAGGAGAGGGGUGCUGGUAAUACGCCAUGGGGAGAGAGUGGACCAGGUCUUUGGGAAGUCGUGGCUACAGCAGUGCACUACCGCCGACGGAAAAUACUACAGGCCGGACCUGAACUUCCCCCGCAGCCUGCCCAGGAGGAGCAACAGCAUCAAAGACUUUGAAAAUGAUCCGCCUUUAUCGUCCUGUGGAAUUUUCCAGGCCAGACUUGCUGGCGAGGCUCUGCUGGACAGCGGUAUCAGAGUCACUGCAGUCUAUGUGUCACCGGCCCUGCGCUGUGUGCAGACAGCCAAGCACAUCCUGGAAGAACUCAAACUAGAGAAGAAGCUGAAGAUAAGAGUUGAGCCUGGAGUCUUUGAAUGGAUGAAGUGGGAGGCCAGCAAGGCCACUCCAACCUUCCUGACCUUGGAGGAGCUGAAAGAGGCGAACUUCAAUGUUGACCCUGAUUACAGGCCUGCCUUCCCCCGCUGCUCCCUCAUGCCAGCCGAGAGCUAUGACCAGUACGUGGAAAGGUGCGCCGUGAGCAUGGGACAGAUCAUCAGCACAUGCCCCCAGGACAUGGGUGUCACCCUCAUCGUGAGCCAUAGCUCAGCACUCGACUCCUGCACUAGGCCACUCCUCAGGCUCCCACCCAGAGAAUGUGGAGAUUUUGCCCAGUUGGUAAGAAAGAUCCCAUCUCUGGGGAUGUGUUUCUGUGAAGAAGACAAAGAGGAAGGAAAAUGGGAGCUGGUGAACCCGCCAGUGAAGACACUGACCCACGGGGCCAACUCGGCCUUUAACUGGAAGAACUGGAUCUCGAGCCACUGA